AGAGGAGAGAGAGAGAGAGAGAGAGAGAGCUCCAUUACCAUCAUCAAUGGCGCCGAGAGUGACCCGAAACCCAGAUCUGAUCAGAGGCGUGGGCAAGUUCUCACGUUCCAAGAUGUACCACAAGAGGGGUCUGUGGGCAAUCAAGGCCAAAAACGGCGGCGUAUUCCCUCGCCACGACAAGAAGCCAGUCGAACCUACCCCUGCAGAGAAGCCACCCAAGUUCUACCCCGCCGAUGAUGUCAAGAUACCCCUUAUCAACAAGCGCAAACACAAACCCACCAAGCUCAGGGCUAGUAUUACUCCGGGGACAGUCCUGAUUAUACUGGCUGGGAGGUUUAAGGGGAAGAGAGUAGUGUUCCUGAAACAGCUUCCUUCCGGGUUGCUUUUGAUUACUGGACCAUUCAAAAUUAAUGGUGUUCCUCUAAGACGGUUGAAUCAGUCUUACGUGAUUGGUACUUCAACCAAGGUCGACAUCACAGGAGUAGAUAUCGACAAGUUUGAUGACAAGUAUUUUGCCAAGCAAGUGGAGAAGAAAAAGAAGAAAGGAGAGGGAGAGUUCUUCGAGGCCGAGAAAGAGGAUAAGAAUGUGCUCCCAUCAGAGAAGAAGGAUGAUCAGAAAACUGCAGAUGCACCUUUGAUUAAAUCCAUUGAGGGGGUUCAAGACUUGAAGACUUAUUUGGCGGCAAGGUUUUCACUCAAGGCAGGCAUGAAACCUCACGAGCUUGUAUUUUAGAGGAAGCACCUCGGACAUAGUUGGGGCUGAUAUUGGUUCCUACUGUCGUGUUUUGUUUUGUUUAAACAUUUUUUUGAGCGGCUGUAUCCUUUGGGUUUGAAUGGUUAUAAACAUCUAGUUUCACAUCAUUUUAGGCAAUGCAAUAUGAUAAGAUUUUUCGUUCUCUACUUUCUUCACAUCAUCUAGUUGUUCUAUGACCUUGGCAUCGAGUGUUUCUUCAUCUUUACUUAAUAGCUGUGAGAUUUCCUUUGGUAGUGGUGGAACACUCUUACAUUGUUCAUAAAUUUGCACCUGUUUUGUAGUGUGCUGCAAGGGGAUAAAAACUGAAGAAUGCG